AUGGCCAACCUGGCGGCGACAUACAGGAACCAGGGCCGGUGGGAGGAGGCAGAGACGCUUGAGGUGCAGGUGAUGGAGACUCGCAAGACGAAGCUUGGGGCGGACCAUCCCUCUACGCUGACAAGCAUGGCCAACCUGGCGGCGACAUACAGGAACCAGGGCCGGUGGGAGGAGGCAGAGACGCUUGAGGUGCAGGUGAUGGAGACUCGCAAGACGAAGCUUGGGGCGGACCAUCCCGAUACGCUGACAAGCAUAGCCAACCUGGCGUCAACAUACAUGAACCAGGGCCGGUGGGAGGAGGCAGAGACGCUUGAGGUGCAGGUGAUGGAGACUCGCAAGACGAAGCUUGGGGCGGACCAUCCCGACACGCUGACAAGCAUGAACAACCUCGCCCACACUUAG